AUGGUCGUCAAAUCCCACAACUCGACAUCUGCAGCAACGCACACCACUCUCCGGCCAUCCACCGUUGCCCAUAUCCAUCCGACGCAUUCCACCCCAGUCUCCCCUUCUUACAGUCCCUCGCCUCUGCCGCCGCCUUCCACUCCCAUCUCCAAGAACACCAUCAUCUACAUCACCGCCGGAGCAACCGUCUUCCUGCUCCUGUCGGUCAUUCUCGCUCGCUUUGCCAUCCGCAAGAUUCAAGACUCGAUGGAGCGCCGGCAGAUGGCCCGCGAGGCAAAGUUCAAGAAGCAAGCCGUCGCCACAUACCGCCAAAACUCGCUCGCCACCCGCGAGAACAGCAAUCUCAAGCGGGCCUCCCGCAUCACCUUCGUCGAGCCCAACCACCCAUCCUAUCCGCGCUCGACUUCGUCUGGUCGUGAGAGCCACGAGGCGAUGCCGCCGCCUCCCAUCGACAGCAUCUCGACCAAUGUCGUACCCAUGACCCACCUUUCGCCACACCGGAUCAGCAAUCCGUCGCCAGUGCCACCCGUUCCUCCUCUGCCUCCACUCGUCCAGUCCAUCGAUGAAGAGGCCCAUCUGAGCUCCUCUGCUGAGCGGCUACCUCGCCGGCUGCAGAGCAACUCAUCUGCCGCCACAGCGUCGACGCUGACCGGCUCAGACCUCGGUCGGAUUGUCUAG